AAUAUUUCCAAUCUGCCCAUUAGCAAGAGCCUUUUUAACUUUUCCAACAAAGACAAAUCUCCGUCCUUUCUUAUUUGGGAUUCAAAAAGAUCAUAACAAGAAGAGGUACCUAUGAAUGAAUGGCCAUUGUUUCCUUAGAAAACGAACCUCCUCCUCCUUCAAGCUCUUUAUGUUUGUGCUUUAUGAGCCACGAGCUUUGAUCCAUCAAGCAUUUUCAGCCUUGUGCAUAGACAGCGAUUUGAACAAAAGCCGUUUUGUGUAAAAGAUUGGAUUGUUUGGGGUGUGAUAGCAAUGGACAGAAGAGUUCAGAUUCAGCUUGUGGACGCCAAGUUUUCCAGAUUUCACUGGUUUUCCAGUUGCAACCAGCAGAACUUUUCAGAUGAUGCAUUAAUGAUCACUUUAAACUAAAUCAGUUCUUGAGAGGUAGCUGAGACAAUCAAGCUCCUCUCCUAUGAAUCAUGGAACAUUAUUAUGAAACUCAAGCAAAUGGAGAAGCAUCUGGUCAUGAUUUCCAAAACUGCGGAUACUCUUCUUAUUCAUUAUCUAACAUUCAAAUGUCAUCACCCUCGUUUGAUUUAAGAGUCUUCUACAUUAGGUUCAGUAACUUCCAAGUGGACGAUUUGACCCCCGAGUUUCUCACUUUGAAUCAAUUCCCUCUAAUGCCAAAUACCCAUUUGGAUGUUAAUGGUGUUAAAAGCAGCAAUUACUCUGAAGGCUUUUCUUCACUUCUCAAGAGAGACAGAGUCAACAAGAACUCGGAAGAAGCAACAUUUGUGAGCACUCAUACCAUUAGGUUAAAGAGGGGUUUGAAGUUUGAGGUUUUCAAUGGAAAUUAUCAAAUUCUAUCUGGGGAAUUGUCUCAUACGGGGUGCACUGGAAAAUCAAAGAGCAAUUCUAAGAAAAGAUGGAGCAUGAACUGUGAAUCUGGUGCUGUUUCCGAUGCUGCGUUUUUUAAGGGAAAGCUCAUUCCAGGACAGGCGUUGAUUAGUCCAACAAUUGAGGUAUACAUUGCUGGUAGCUUUUCUGGAAACCCUAUUGUCUUAACGAAAACUCUGCAACUCAACUUUUGGAAGAAGCACAGUCAUAAACGGAUGUUGGAUUCAAUACCAGAGCAUGAUACUACUGAAUGCGACGAAGAUUCAUAUCCUGUAUAUGAUUCACAAGUAUCAAAGUACAGAAAUUAUGGAGAAGAAAAUGAAGAUGACUAUGGCAACAUGUACUGGGGAACCGACUACAUGGAGAGAGAAGAUGGCGAACUAUCCUGGUUCAACUCAGGUGUGAGAGUUGGAGUAGGAAUUGGACUUGGUAUUUGCUUGGGAAUUGGUGUGGGAGUUGGCUUGCUCGUGCGUACUUACCAGGCAACUAGUCGAACCCUGAAAAGGCAGCUUAUGUGACACGAUUUCUCCUACAAUAUUUCAAUGGAUCCACUUGUCCUUGAUCUUGCUCGUGCGUACUUACCAGGCAAAAAUGGUUUGUCAAUAAUAUGCAUCUCUAACAGCAGUGAAACCUUGUGAAGAUAACAUUGUGUCCUAGCAUGUUUAUUUCAAACCAUGUGUAUAGAAGCUCGGCUAAUAUCAUUUCCUUAUCAAAUGACUGGAUCACUCUUGGCUUCUUGUGAAUAAUCUGUUUUUGAGAUGUAACAGAAAUGAAGAUUAUUUUUUGGAUA